GUCAUUCCUAAGGAUUACACAGCUUCGCUUAACUGCCUCGUGAGCAACCGGUGAUACUCCCAUUUACGAACACGACACCCAGCGAGCAAUGCCCGUGGCGGCGCGCCUAUUCCGACAGAGAGAAAGUACAUGCGACUCCUCCCGGCACUCGUAGAAUAUCUCGAAGAUGAUUCAUUUUCUUUACUGGACCACAUCAUCGGCUAGGUAGCACCGCCAGCUCGGCGUUUUCACGAUGGGCAACAGCUACUCCCUCACUACGCCCUACGCUGGCGCCGCCGGCAUCGACGUACCAGAGCUGUCAGACCUGGUUCACGAACGAUCUAUCGGUAGUGCUCGCUUCAUGAAGAGCAUCCGCGCUCGCCAUCAUGAUGGAGUAGUUCUAGCCAAGGUCACCGUUAAGCCCUAUACACCACUAUCCCUGCGUGAAUAUGGCGACAAAAUCCUCCAGGAGAGAAAUAAAUUAAGAGACGUCCCGAACGCGUUGGGCUUCGAGCGCGCGUUCGAAACCGAAGGAAACGCCUAUCUCGUCCGACAAUACCUAUACAGCUCUUUGUACGACCGCAUGUCCACGAGACCAUUCCUCGAAGACGUAGAGAAGAAGUGGCUCGCUUUCCAGUUGCUGUGCGCGCUGAGGGACUGCCAUUCCCGGGACAUAUACCAUGGCGAUAUCAAAACGGAAAAUAUCAUGGUGACGUCUUGGAACUGGCUGUACCUCACCGACUUUACAGGCUCUUUCAAGCCCACGAAGCUACCCGACGACAACCCCAUGUUUUAUUCCUAUUUUUUUGACCUAUCGGGUCGGCGCACAUGCUAUAUCGCGCCGGAAAGAUUUGUCGAGCACAUAGAGAAUCCCCAGACGCAGCUACAAGGACAUAAGCUUACCUGGUCGAUGGACGUCUUCAGUGCUGGCUGCGUCAUUGCAGAACUGUUCCUGGAGACUCCCAUAUUCAGCCUUAGCCAAAUGUUCAAGUACCGCCGUGGCGAGUAUGACCCCGUGAUCUCGCACCUUAGCAGGAUACCAGAUCAGGGUCUACGGGAAAUGCUAUCGAGCAUGAUUCAACUUGACCCCGAGAAACGGUACUCUGCAGAGCAGUACUUGGAUUUCUACAAAGCCAAGGUGUUUCCGGAGUACUUUUACAGCUUCCUCCACCAGUACAUGGAGCUAAUUACUGAUCCAAGUUCUGGAAGGGCGCCCAUUUCCGGAUCCGCGAAGAAUCUAGGUGAAGCCGACGAACGCAUUGACCGGGUCUUCUAUGACUUUGACAAGAUCUCGUAUUUCCUAGGUUACCAAGACGAUAAAGAGCCAUCACAGCUUGCAUACUUCACACCUCGACUUGGCCUAGGUCUCUUCCCCGUACGACUAAACAUACCGAAUAAUGAACACUUUACCACCGCAAGGAGACAACUUCCCGCCGACGAUGGGACUCUUAUUUUUCUUACCCUUGUCGCUGCCUCUUUACGGAACACUGCUCAAGCAGCAUCAAAGAUCAGAGCCUGCGACAUCCUGUUAGCAUUCUCCGAGAGAUUAUCUGACGAGGCAAAGCUUGAUCGAGUUCUGCCGUACCUGAUGACUUUGUUGAAUGACGACGUGGAUCUCGUCGCCAUCGCGGCCCUCAGAUCAGUCACUCAACUUCUGGCUCUCGUAACAGUUGUUACGCCGGUUAAUGCCCACGUCUUCCCCGAAUAUAUCAUGCCUAGACUCCAGGUCUUUUUGUCAGGCGCCUCCAGACAACCCAUCAUGGGGAAGGACCGUAGAGAACCGAGUGCCCUAGUUCGAGCUACGUAUGCAUCAUGUCUAGGCAGCCUCGCCACGACAGCCUCGAGGUUUCUAGAGUUGACGGCCAUCCUACGGGCCGAGGGAUCCAUUAGCACCGCUGAUCCCGAAGUGGAGGCUGGAAGCGACCCCGAGGCUGCUUUUGAUGGAUUGUUCGACAAUGCUCAAAGCGAACUGGUGGAGCUAUUUGAAACCCAUGCUAAAGCGCUAGUGGAGGACUCGAACGCCUCUGUACGCCGAGCAUUUCUCAGCUCCGUUCCAGAGCUCUGCAUGUUCUUCGGCAGUGCGGAGUCCAAUGAUAUAAUCCUCACCCACCUCAAUACCUACCUCAACGACCGAGACUGGAUGCUGAAAUGCGCCUUUUUCGAUACCAUCGUUGGCAUUGCUGCCUUCCUCGGCAGUACUAGCCUAGAGGAGUUCAGCCUACCGCUGAUGGUCCAGGCUGUUACCGAUCCGGAAGAGCAUGUCGUUCAGGCUGCGUUGCACUCUUUGGCCGAGCUGGCGAAUUUAGGUCUCUUAUCGAAGGCAAAGACUUGGGAACUAAUCGACGUUGUUGGCCGCUUCACUAUGCACCCGAACCUGUGGAUCCGGGAAUCAGCAGCAGAGUACAUAUCUAGUGCUGCGAAACUGCUGUCGCCCGCAGAUAUCAGGUGUAUUGUUCUGCCUCUCGUUAAGCCUUUCUUGAAGCCAUCCAUAAUCCCCGACUUUUCCGAGAUCUCUCUGUUAGAUGCGUUAAAGAGACCUCUGUCAAGGUCUGUAUUUGACCUGGCACUCUCAUGGGCGCAGAAAACAGAUAGGGGGUUGUUCUGGAAGGCUGUCCGGCAACAAAAGCAGUCGACAUUUACAAUCGCAUCUACGGCGCUAGCGGUCCGGGCGUCCCGCGAUAUGCAGCCUCAAACGCUCAAUAAAGUCUUGCGGAAUGACGAGGACGAGCAAUGGCUGGCACGGCUUCGGAAUAUGGGAAUGAUGCCCGACGACGAAUUCAAGCUCCUCUCCCUGAGGGAGUUCAUUUGGCGCUUAAGCCAGAUGAAAAAUCGUGACUCGAUUACUCAAGAUAACAUCGCCACGUCCCUGAAUAAUAUCAUCCCUCUUAGAAGCUUAAAUGUUAAAGUGCAGACGAUAAUGUUCGACGAAACAAGUGCCCUUGAAGCGCCAACGUGGCAACAGCAGCGAGGCUUGGAUUCGGACAAGGGCCCGUAUACUAUCGCCGACGCCCUAUUAGAUGCGUCGAUGACCAUCGAUGAGCCAGUCGGGAGGAGGCGCCGUGCCGCUAUCAACAGCCACCGCUCACGAUUUAGCAGUCGGACGGGGGCGAUUUCGCCAAGGGCCGGAGAUAACAAGGCAUUAUCGCCAUCGCGAACUCAACCAUCGUCGCCGGUCGACAGUGCUGGCUUUGAGGAAGCACGCGGGGCCUCAUCGGCAAAGCGUGGCGCAGGUUCCCAGGACGACGAUGCGUCCAUUUCAGAUGCCCCAUAUUCUACACGAAGGAUCAUUCGUCACCAGUCGAGCGCCUUGGAUCUCCUCAACAGGAAAGACAGUAGCAGGUCCGUUGCAGAGACGGGAACGACCGAAGCAAAUGCGUUCGGUCAAGUCGAGGGCCCCUUUGCACCAAACCCGCCACCCCAGAUCACGAUUCCUGAUCACUUUACCGAGGAUGGGAGGCCGGGGGUCCGGCUGCGCGCUCCUCACACGUACGAGGGUAACGACCCUAGCAUAUUGAAGAUGCUAGAUAAUAUGUACAUCGACAACUACCCGCAUGAUGUCACUCAAUUUGGGCCCCUCGUUUCUCCUAUCACGAGGAGGAAGGUUAGCAAGGCGAGCGGACAGCCUAUCGAGGAAGCGUGGAGGCCAAGCGGCAACCUUGUCGCAACAUUCUCUGAGCACACGGGUGCUAUCAAUCGCGUUUUGCCGUCCCCCGACCACCUAUUCUUUAUCACUGGCGGCGAUGACGGUUGUGUCAAAGUCUGGGACUCGUCGCGGCUCGAACGCAACGUUACCCACCGUGCGCGCCAGACUCAUAGACAUGCUCCGGGUGCCAGGGUUGUCGCUCUGUGUUUCAUCGAAAACACUCAUACUUUUGUCAGUUGUGAUACUGAUGGUAGAGUUCACAUCGUCAAAGUUGAUACAGUGGCGACGGGCGGAGGGACGAAGUAUAUCCGCCAGCGACUUCUACGCGAGUAUCAACUUCCGACGGGCGAAUAUACCGUCUGGUGCGAGCACUUCAAGCAGGAACUGAAUUCGGUGCUCGUGCUCGCAACGAAUCGGUCUCGUAUCCUCUCGAUGGACCUUCGAACCAUGACGCUUCUGUACGUUCUCGAAAAUCCGGUGCAUCAUGGCACACCGACGUGUUUUUGUAUCGAUAGAAAGCGCAACUGGCUCCUUCUAGGUACAUCGCACGGUGUCUUGGAUUUGUGGGACCUGCGGUUCAAGAUGCGACUUAAAGGCUGGGGUCUGCCAGGCAAGUCGGCCAUAUAUCGCUUGAGCCUCCAUCCUACCAAGGGUCGAGGGAAAUGGGUAUGCGUGGCAGGCGGCACGGGCCUAGGGGAAGUGACGGUUUGGGACCUCGAGAAAACGCAGUGUCGGGAGAUCUACCGCACAGGCGGAUCGAAGGAGGGGCCCAAAGAGUACAAGCCGUGGGACAUUGACGAAGAUAAGCCGGAGAGCAUGCUUGGCCGCUUCGCGACAAAUAUCGAGCCUGCAGCCAGCGGCAACGCGGAUCGGGGGGUCCGAGCGAUGGUGGUCGGCUCCGGCGCUAUGGAAGAUCAGCGUGACGUGCGUUACGGGUACAUCUUAACCGGCGGCUCGGACAAGAAACUCCGCUUCUGGGAUCUGAUCCGCAUCGAGAGCUCGUGCGUGUUCAGCGGCUUGCAGAAUGACGAUGCUAAACCCGUCUUCGUCACGGUCAACACGCCGAAUCAGCCCGGACUGGGCUUGAACGUGGAGAGACAUGCCAAGGGGGGAAGCGCGAUGGGCGGAGAGCAGAAAGGCGCCAAGAGCGGGAAGACGGGGAACAGCAGAGAGAAACCACCCAGACACACCGUCAUAUCUGUAGAACAGGGACAGCUGUUGAGGAGCCAUAUGGAUUCGAUCCUGGAUGUGGCGGUGCUGGAAGUGCCUUAUACGAUGACGGUGAGCGUAGACCGGUCCGGCGUCAUAUUUGUCUUCCAAUAGGAAUUGGACUUGUUACAGGCCGGCGUCGGAGCAGGGUAUUGGCUUGUAGGUAGAGAAAUAGGGCAACGGAUAGGCAGAGACGUCGUAUGAGGUGUGGAAGCGGCAAGUAACGACGACGAGGCAACGCAUGCGGUUAUGAUACAAUGGCUCUGGUGGUUGCGAGUAUUUGCCUCGUAGCCAGGUGUUAUAUUAGGUACCUGUAGGAUGCAGUAAUUCCCGCUGUUCCAGGUACCUUGGGGUAGUUCAAUCUGGCUCUCAUACCCUGAAUUGGGUGGAUGGGAAUACGUACGGCCCGCAGUAUAUAGUAGGUAAGUA